CGGUUCUACCCGGCCUACGACGUCGUCGCGAAGAAGGGCGCGCCCCACGCGCAGAAGCCGGCGAAGCUCCGCGCGAGCCUCCAGCCCGGCGCGGUGCUCAUCCUCCUCGCGGGCCGCUUCCGCGGCAAGCGCGUCGUGCUGCUCAAGGCCCUCGACAGCGGCCUCCUCCUCGUCUCCGGCCCCUUCUCCGUCAACGGCGUGCCCAUCAAGCGCGUGAACCCGGCCUACGUCAUCGCGACGUCGACCAAGGUCGACAUGGCGGGCGUCAAGGUCGACGCGAAGCUGAACGACGCCUACUUCAAGCGCGCGCCGGCGCCCAAGGCCAAGAAGGACGCCGAGGGCGACUUCUUCGCCGCCGACGCCGCCGCGCCCGCGCCCGAGCUGUCGGACGAGCGGAAGAAGGACCAGGCGACGCUCGACGCCGCGCUCGUCAAGGCCGUCGACAAGACGCCCAUGCUCAAGGCCUACCUGGGCGCCCUGUUCACGCUCACCAAGGGCAUGAAGCCCCACGAGAUGAUCUUC